AUGGAACAGGGUGGAAGCGGAUACCGUGUUGAAAUUGCCGCUAAUAGCCGUUCUAAGUGUAAAGGGUCUUUAUGUGGUCGUGCGAAAAUUCCGGCAGGUGUUGUACGUUUCGGUACAUUCGUUGACUCUGGCAGGUUUCAGAGUUGGGCUUGGAAGCAUUGGGGUUGUGUCACGCCGCGCAUGUUAAAAAACAUAAAGAAUCGACUUGGUGAAGAUGAUUUGAAGAAUACCUUGGAUGGAAUCACUGCUCUUCCAGAUGAAUGCAUCGACAAAAUUAUUCGGGCUGUACAAGAGGGCCAUGUAGAUGUGAAAGACGAGCGAGAAAGCAGAAAGAUAGGAAAUGAAGUAAAGGGUAACACAGCUGUAAGCAAAAAACCCAAUGAAAAGCAAUCCAUGGUUCCUCCAAAGGUUGCACGCAAAACAAAACGCCAUCAUGUCACAACGAAGUCCGUUUUGAGUGAUUCCGGUGAUGAAGCAGAAUAUACAAACUCCUCUGAAGAAUAUGAUUCAGACUAA